AUGAAACAUAAAAAGAGUUUUCCUUAUGUAUACUUAAAUAUUGGAGGUCUGUCUUCUAAUUACAGUAUGCUUAAAACUAUGGUUGACGAAAUACAUCCCUUACUAAUAUUUCUAUCUGAGACUCACAUAGUUGAUCCGGAAGCCUUCGAACAAUAUUCGCUAAAAGACUAUAAUACAGUUUCAUGUUUAUCACAUUCUAGACACACUGGUGGUGUAUCAAUGUAUAUACAUAGCUCAGUACAAUUUAAGGUGCUCCUAAAUCAAGCGAAAGAAGGUAACUGGUUCUUAGCAAUUUCAGUUUUGAAAAAUACUACAAAAGCAAGGUACGGCCUAAUCUAUCACUCACCCAGUUCGAGUCCUUCUAGGUUCCUAGCUAUUCUUGAAGAGUGGUUAGAACAAUUUUUAGAAUACGAUAAAAUAAAUAUAGUGAUGGGAGAUUUUAAUAUGAACUGGAUGAAUGCAUCUGAGUCUAGACAUCUAAAAAGGAUUACAGAAGGAUUGGGCAUACGACAAAUAGUGAAUCUGCCCACACGAAUAACACGCAGUAGUAGAACAUUGAUUGACCACAUGUAUACAAAUAACUAUUCAGUUUCAACUUGCAUUAAAAACAACUUAAAAAUUUCAGAUCAUGAAACAAUUCAAUGGUCAAUCGAUGAAAAAUAUACCCGUACUAAUCUAUUACGAGUUAAGUGCUGGAAAAAGUACUCUCCAGAAAUUUUGAAUACGAUGGUGUCUGAAGGAAUUCAGGAAAAUGUUGCUAAUAUCAACGAUAAAUGUAUUAGGUUAACAGCUGUCUUAGAGAAUAGUAUGUCACAGCUUGUGCAAGAGAAAACAAUAAACACAAAUUGUUCAGCUAAAUGGUACACUAUUCAAUUGGCCCAGCAGAAACAUAAACGAGACAAAUACUAUAACAAAUUUCUCCAAACAAACCAGAAUUCUGAUUGGACAAUUUAUAAAACAGCUAGAAAUUUGUAUAGUAGAGCUUUAACUACAACCCGAAGAUCAUACCUUGAACAUAAAAUUAAUCAGAAUAGAAAGAAUAGUAAGGAACUUUGGAAAAUCCUAAAAUCUUUACUGAAUCCAAGAGGAACUAUUAAUAGUCCUUGUAUAAUAUUCAAUGGAUCAAUGGUGUAUGACUCAGAGAAAAUUGCUGAAACUUUCAAUAAAUUCUUUGUCCAGAUCGUAUUGGACAUUCAUCGUAGUAUUGGUCAAACUAAUGAAGCUUACGCAAGUCUUCGAGAAACGGACUAUAUAUUUAAAUUUAGAUCUAUCUCCUACGGACAAUUGAAAAACGUGGUCAAAAAUCUAAAUAAUUCAUCAGGAAUCAAUAAUGUCAAUUCAAAAAUCCUACUAGAUUGUUUUCACACUGUAGGACAUGAACUACUAAACAUUAUUAUUUAUUUAUUUAUUUAUUUAUUUAUUUAUUACGAUACAAAUAUCUGCCUCAGAGGGCUAAAUAUAGGGAAACUUACUGACUAAAACUUAAAAUUAAUGAUAACAAACAAAUACUUAAAUCUAACUAGACAAACAUAUACUAGACAGCAAGCAAUUUGUAACACUAUAUUGUAUUAAUUAUUCGAUCACGAGAGGAGUGUUUCCAACCUCCUGGAAAGAGUCUCUUGUUGUACCUAUACAAAAAGUAUCGGGAACUGUUCUUGCAAAUGAAUUCAGGCCUAUAAACAAAUUAAAUAUUUUUGAAAAAGUAUUAGAGACAGUUGUUAAAGAACAAUUAGUAGAAUAUAUAAACAGCAAUCAUUUAUUUAUACCUGAACAGUCGGGUUAUAGGGUUGAUCAUUCUUGCGAAUCGGCUCUUAACCUAGUGCUGGCAAAAUGGAGGGAAGCUUUUGAUGGUAAAAAGACUACAAUUGCUGUAUUCCUCGACCUAAAAAGGGCCUUUGAAACAAUUUCGAGGCCACUAUUAUUAAAAGUGUUAA